AUGUAAAAAGUACAUAUUGCUGCUUUUACAGACGACAAAGUUUUUAUUAAUUUACUAGAUGUAUUUAUGAAUUAUUUAUAAUUUUCAGAAAGAAAUCGAAAGACACGUAAAGGAGUAUUAUGAAAAAGAUCAAACUAAUAAUGAAAAUAAAAAUUUGACAAAUUAUAAGAAGAAUAAUAAGCAAUUUUACUCCUUCUCAAUUUUAUAGAAAAAUAACAUUGUUGUUAAGGAUCAUAAAAAAAUAAUUCUAAAAACAUUUCGCAACAACACCAAAUUAUUUGAUAUUAAUUAAGACUAAUUUAAUGACAUUCCUCUAUCAGAAAGGUUGGCUAAAAGAUGCAAUAUUGCUUAGCGGAAUUGUUAUUUUGGACUAAAAACCCAAACUCAAUAAACUCAAAGAUCAGAAUUUAAAUCAAUAAACGAAGAAAUAAUUUCAUCUGGACUAAGUAGAACUUAAAGAAAUAAUAAAAUGGAUAUAAUUUAAGAAAGAAUAGAUACGUAAUUAUAUAUUAAAUAAAAAAGAUGUAAGGAAUACUUAUGUAAAGAAUAAUAAAGAUUGAAAUUAGUUGAAGAAUAGAUUGAAAAAAAUCAGUUUAUACUAGAUGAGCUAGAUUAAGAGCUUGAAAUAGUGAAUAGUAAUAAAGCAAUUUUUAGCUCUAUAAAAAAUUUAGAUUAACAAAUGUAUAAAAAUGAGCUUAAUUUUAUAAACUACAAAAAAGUAACUUAAGAGUUAUACGAAUUUAUACAAUAAACUUAAAUAAAGUAUUUUAAGAAAUAAUAAGAAUUUAUUUAUCCAUUUAUUGAGAAUUUUAAAAAUGAAUUAAAUUUUAUGCUUCUUGAAUAUGAAUCAUAAAUUUAAUAAACUUAAAUAAAAUGA